ACGAAAACGAACGAGCAUAAAUAUCGAAAGUGAUUCUGGUGUGCCAGAGAUUGGUCGACAAUGGCGAUUUCUAGAUAUUUUUCACUUGUUGUGUUUUCGAUCGCAAUGGCGGCAUCUACGGCAUUCUCCGAUCCGAUCCUCACCAAAGUCGAUCGACGCAUUUAUUUAACGUCACAAAUUGUUCGGAUUUUAUCAACUUUAAAGGUGGAGAAUCCAGGCCCUCUGAUCAUGUCUCAGGUUUUGUUGGCUUUUCCUGAGCAUCAAGUAAGAAAUUUGGCGUAUUUGAUGGCUUCCUCACACGAAACGAAAGGGAAAGCCAAAGGCUCGGUUGUUGCUCUCCCUAUUAAGGCCGUCAACCUGAAUGAUAGGCCUUCUACUGUGACAUUCUAUUCGGUAUCAUUGCCUAAGGAAUUAGCUGCGGACGAUAGCUUCACUCUCGAUGUCUUGACCAUAUUUACGCAUGCCUUGCGGCCCGCUCCCGAGCAAAUCACUCAGGCCGAUGCUCAGCUUGUAUUGUACAAUGAUAGUGUAUAUUAUUUGUCUCCUUAUGAAGUAAAGGUCCAGUCUCUAAGCGUUAAACUACCUGAUACUAAAAUUGAAUCCUAUACAAAACUGGAGAACAUAAAGGUUCAUGGUUCAGAUAUCAAAUACGGUCCUUAUGAGAAUCUCCCCCCAUUCUCACACUCGCCUAUAGCUUUUCAUUUCGAAAGCAAUCUACCCUUUGCUGUUGCUGAGGAAUUGGUGAGAGAAAUAGAAAUAUCCCACUGGGGUAAUGUACAGGUCAACGAGCAUUACAAGCUCAUCCAUGGUGGCGCGAAAAGCAAGGGUGAAUUUUCCAGGCUUGAUUUCCAGGCCAGACCAAACGAUCAAGGUGCUUCAGCCUUUAGCCUUCUUGUUGCACAUUUGCCAGCAAGGGCUCAUUCUGUUUACUACAGGGAUCUAAUUGGCAAUAUAUCUACAUCUCAUUUGCGGGGUGACUCCAGAAAGACUGAACUAGUGAUUGAGCCAAGGUAUCCCAUGCUUGGUGGCUGGAGAACUGCUUUCACCAUUGGAUAUGGUUUGCCGCUUCAGGACUUUCUGUAUGAAUCAGAGGGGAAUCGAUUUCUUAACAUAACAUUCAGUACUCCAAUGAUCGAGUUGGUUAUUGAUACUCUCAUUGUGAAGGUGGUGUUGCCUGAGGGUUCUAGUGACAUAUCCGCAGCAACUCCAUUUCCCAUAAAGCAGUGGCAAGAGACCAAAAUCUCCCACUUGGAUAUUGGAGGUAGACCAGUAGUUGUGCUGAAAAAGACUAAUGUUGUGCCAGAGCACAAUCAAUAUUUUCAGGUCUUUUACAAAUUCAACUCUCUAUCGAUGUUUAGAGAGCCACUAAUGUUAAUUUCAGGAUUUAUAUUCUUUUUUGCUGCUUGCAUUGUUUAUAUGCGUGCCGACACAUCAAUCUCCAAAUAUUCUGCUUCUUAUUUGGCUAAACAGCAGUGGGAAGAGGUUCGGGUACUGAUACACAAGGUUCAGGAGAUCAUAGGCCGGUGCUUGACAACACACGAUAAUCUGGAAGCAUCGCUUCGUGAACUUUUUAGGACUGGAGACGUUCAAGCUUGUAAAGCUGCUCGGAAAUCUGCCGAUGGCUCGUUGAAAGAGCUAUCAAAAGAAAUGAAACCCUUGCUGACAUCCUUGCAAGCUUAUUCAUCGGCUGCUCAAAUAUUUCCCAAGGUGGAGGAGCUGGUGGCUAAGGAGAGAGAGUUGCAAGAGAAGUUGAUGCAGAAGCACACUACAGCGGUGGAGGGCUACGAGAAGAAGUCGGGGCCCCGGGAUAUCAAUAGCCGGGUAGCGUUACUGCAACAGAAGAUUACUGCAUUGAAGCAGGAUGUUGAUGAUCUUCUGCAGAUCAUUGAUGAAAUAUAAAGCGGGGAUAAAAUUUUG